AUGGGCCACCAGAUAUUCCUGAUUGGGACCUUAGCAGUCGCCAUCUGGUUGUGCCUGAUUUCAGCGCUAGAUGCGAAUGCAGCACAGCAACGCGUUCAGGUUUUACGCAGAGGUUGCGUCCAGAUGCGUCUAGGUGAACGAGACGGUCUCCCACAGCUGGACCCAUCUGACAUCCCCCCGGCAAUCAAUAUCACCUUCAACGGGUUCUCCUUGUCGUGGUUGCACGGUAGAAUCGGCAAGCCGGUGCCGGAGAUCUCCGACGUACAGACCCUCAUCGAAGAUUCCCUGCCGAAGCUGGCCUUGAUCGACGCCUACGGUGAGCUGGCCCACAGGGUUGUCUCAGCCUCCCAGACCUGGGGCGACAUCGUCCGCAACGUGACCCUUGAAUACUACCGUGGCCUGCAGGACGCUUGGCUUAACUCCCAUUCCGGAAGGCCUGAUUUUGGAGGGCGACAAAAGCGGUCGCCAUAUGAUCCCGUCACACCCACCCCGUCUCAAGUUACAGAAGCAACCGACCGUGGUAAUGGCAAGUUGCGAUUCCCCACGGUGAUGGAUUUCAACAUUACCAAGCGAGUGAACCUCCUGAGAAAGCUAGCCUUCCACGGCCUGCUGUUCUUCGGCAAUGGGACGAGCCGAGAGGGAGCACCUGCUACCGAGAGCAUCAGCGUUCCCCACGAGGCUCCCUUCGAGUCCUUUCUCAAUAGCUUAUUGGCAGCCCACAUCUCGGACGUGAUGAGGCAUGCUUUCGACGGACUCCGAAGUGCGACCGGGGGUGCUACCGGGGGUGCUACUGGGGGUGCUACCGGGGGUGCUACCGGGGGUGCCACCGGGGGUGCUACUGGGGGUGCUUCCGGGGGUGCUACCGGGGGUGAUACCGGGGGUGCUACCCGGGGUGCCACCGGGGGCGCUACCGGGGGUGCUACCGGGGGUGCCACCGGGGGCGCCACCGGGGGUACCACCAGGGAUGCUAUCAGGGGACUCAGAGACCGCUUCACGGGUAUUCUUGGGAACCUUAGGGAUGGUUUCCCAACAAAUGAGACACCAACAGGCUCGAUGAGGUUCGACCCUACCGGCGGGCUACAGUUUGUCAGCCUGCUGCGAACCCUUCGGGGCCAAGUCCGGAGAUGGAUCGAAGAAGACCACCCGGACCGACCUGCCUUGUACAAAGUCAGCUGUUCGAUUGUCGGAGCAAACAGCUCCUCGUCCAUUCGCUGCCGAGUGUGCCCGCCGAAGGAGACCUCUGACGAAACCGCUGAGGUCAUCGACUCGCUCGCCUCUAAGUUGAGGGAACCGUUCUCGCUGCUGAGACUCGAGCUGCAGGAUGUUUCUGAGAGCAUCGGCGGACGAUACCGGGCUUGGAUGGCUCGUAUGAGAGGACAAGUCGCUACAACCGAAAGCAGUGAUGGUGAUCGGGGAGAUGGCGUGACACGGGAGCCAGACAACGGUGGUGGAACUCCAGGCAACGGUGGUGGAACUCCAGGCAACGGCGAUGGAACUCCAGGCAACGGCGGUGGAACCCCAGGCAACGGUAGUGGAACUCCAGGCAACGGUGGUGGAACUCCAGGCAACGGUGGUGGAACUCCAGGCAACGGCGGUGGAACUCCAGGCAACGAUGGUGGAACUCCAGGCAACGGCGGUGGAACUCCAGGCAACGGCGGUGGAACCCCAGGCAACGGUGGUGGAACUUCGGGCGAGGUUGAUGCUACACAAAUACCAGGAGAUGGUGAAAGUCCAGUCAGUGAAAGACCAAAUGUACCGGUUCUGCAAAGAGUUGUUGCCAUCGUCAGUGGACCCAACGAGAUACCCUUCUGUGGGACUUUGCUUAUCCGUGGUAGUGCAUCCGUUGGUCCUCGUCUUACAUACACAUGGGCGGUUAGUAGCAGGCAGGGCACCUCUGAAGCAUUGUCGUCUCGUCUCAGAACAAUCAACGAUAACAACCGCUCGGACUUGCAGCUGGACGGCGACCUGUUGAUGGUCGGCGUUGUGUAUACCGUCAGGCUGACUGUCUCUACGAGGGGCAGGUCGAACACUGCCUCACACAGAGUACAAAAACUGCCCGAGGAAGUCAUGAAGCCCGGAUUGGUGAUCCAGCAUCGCGGACUGGGCGAAGACAAUGUUGUUUUGGCAUCAAAAAGAAUCGUCUUGUGGGCCGAUGUCCAGUUCUACAGCAGGUGCAUUGAAUCGUCAAGCGUGGAGUUCAUUUGGACGGCGACAACGCAAGAUAAUGUGACUAUCGCCGGUGCCCUCAACCGUCGCGGCAGAAACCAAAGGUUCUGGGCGCGCAACUUACCAGCUGGGCAACCCAUCACCAUCUCUGUGGCAAUCCCUCCCAAUGGGGAGACAGUGCUCGUACGCACCGUGACCUCCAUUACCAUCACCGUGCAGCGGUCUUCCCUGGUGGCAUCCAUCAAGGGCGGGGACCAGGUCACCGUCGGCCGAGACGCUGCAGAGAAGUUGUUGCUGGACGCCUCGGAGUCUCACGAUCCGGACGACAAGAAGGCGAGUCUCCGCUACAGCUGGUCCUGCCCACGGAACGGCUCCGUCUGCACUGGACUACCAUCCUCCCUGAACGAGUCUGUCUUGGAAGUGACCCCAAGUAGCCUGAGAGUUGGGUCUUACACCUUCGUUGUCACUGUGCGUCGUUCCCAGGGCCAGGAUGAGGCCAGCGCAAGGAUGAUGGUAGAGGUUACCAACGGGAAUCCCCCACAGAUGAAGCUGAAAGCACCCUUCAAAGGCAUGUUCAAGCCGUCCAGGCGCGUGGUUGUCAACGCCCGGAUCCGCAAUGCCGCGCUGGUGGAAAGCGUUGAGUGGCGCGUCCUGAGAAACACCACCUUCCAAAGCGUGCAGAGCGCCACCACGAGUAUCGUCAAAUGGCGUGGCUCUGUCACAGCCAGCUUCAGUGUCCGUGCAGGUGUUUUGUCAGCUGGUAGUAACUACACCGUCAAGGCCAUUGCCAAGGACAGCGAGGGCAACAAGCUGUCGUCGGGCGCUACGACCAUCACCAUUUACAAUGGCGUCACAGGAUGCGAGCUAGAACUGCUCAGCUCUGAGUACCGAGUUUUUGAAAUCAUUGAUAUCAAUGUCGUGGGCUGCGUCGGAGUAGGCCAGCUGGGCUACAAGGCAUUCGUGGCCCCCUCGGCCAAUUCCAGAAAGCGUCAGGUACUGACCACUUCGGCCAGUGACCAGUCCAGGUUGAACCAGGACCGAGCCGUGGAAGUAGCCGGUGCCUCAACUGUAGCCAUCAUCGUCAAGGUGUGUGAUGAGACCCGUAGCUGUCAAGUUGUAUCUCGGGAAGGCACACAGCAGGUCAAGGAGGCUACAGAGCAAGACAUCGAGGAUGUGAAGAAUGCGAGACGGCAGUCGGUCCAGAGAGGGGAUUAUGUGGGUGCCCUGCACCAGAACGGCAUGCUGGUCAGGUACGGUCCAAGAGACGACGCCUACGAAGAAGCCCGCGUCAGGCACCGCAUGUACUUCCGCAAUGCCACGUCCGAUUUCCCCAACCUGGACGUCUCACAGUGGGAUUCUGUCGCGGUGGCCCUAGAUUCUUUCCCUGUGGAAGAAAUCGACGCUAAAGUCGAUGCGGUAGACAUCAUUGAGACAAUGUUAAUGUCCUACCUGGAACUUAAUCCGGAAGAGUUUGAUGAGGAAGCGAGAGACAGCAUCUUGAAGAAGAUCGGCGACGUGCUGAUGGACCUAAGCCCGGACACGGAAGACAGGAGGGCACUCAUCCACAGAUGCAGGAUGAAGAUGAGACAAAUCACCGCUUACGUUGGUCGCGGACUGGCAGAGGGAGACAGUAUCACCACCACGACGGUCCGCAACACCGUGCACAUCAAGAGACUCACCCUGCAAUCCGCACAGCCUAUCGAGGCUGGGACCACCAUGCUCAAGUUCCCUCAAUCUCUAGAGCACAUCGGUACCAGCAUGACGCUCAACGUCGAGGAAUAUAACGACACCGAGGACUUGAACAGUGAAACCAACAGGACACAAGAGUUGUCUGGACCAAUACGUACCAUCAGCAUGCAGUUUGCAGAUGGAAACGUGUAUGAUGUCAGGGACCUGGCAGAUCCCAUCGAGAUCACGUUCCCGCAGAUGCCGGGCAAACACAUCUGCCUGUACUACAACGAAACCGACAAAGUGUGGAGCCGGAAGGGGCUGAGAACAAAGCAAGCGAGGGCCGGCGAUCAUGUCACCUGCGAGACCGACCACCUCACCGACUUCGCCACGGCGGUCGAUCUGAACAACGGAGUUCAAGUGGAAGACUCCAAUAUAGGCUUGCCGAUUCCUAUCGGUGGUCUGACCGUUGCAGCAGUGGCUGGAAUCAUCAUGGGCGUCCUGGCCUUGUUGGUCAUCGUCAUCCUCAUUGUGUUCAUGGUCCUCAAGGUCAACAAAAACAAGAAAAUCAGUCCCACGGAGUAAGCCCGGUCAGAUAAUCCCCGGAUCAUAAUCCAUCAAAGAUAAAACCAUUCAUACUCGGUUACAUUACUUGUCGUCUACUCGGUGAUUGAAUACAAGCUUCUAUGUUAACAAUUACGAUUAUCUGGCUAAAAUCAGAUAUCAUGACAGUUUCUUUAACGCACUAGGCAUUACCACAUAAGGCAAUCCUAUUUUAUGCAGAUAGGAUGCAAAGUAAUAGUAGGCUUUCUACCAAUCAAGAAAGAGGUGAGCAAACUUUUAACCAAGGAGAAAGUUUGUUGUAUCCAGUUACGCAGGCUGAGGAUUAAGUAGGCUUCAUUUAAUA